AUGGAGUCCGACAGCGCCCAAGUAUCAGAAAAACACGCUCGCACCGAAUCAAUCGAAGUUGGCGAGUCGCAGCCCUUCGACCAACAUGCGACUAAGAAGCUCUUGAGAAAGCUAGACUGGCACAUCAUUCCCUUCAUGAGUCUGAUCUACCUACUCUGCUUCCUUGACAGGACGAACAUUGGAAAUGCUAGGUUGGACCAUUUGGAGCAGGACCUCAAAUUGAAGGGCAUUCAGUACAAUGACUGCCUUGCCAUUCUUUUCCCGUUCUACAUCGCGGCCGAGAUCCCGAGCAACAUGAUGAUGAAGCGCCUUCGGCCGUCGAUCUGGCUGACAUUCAUCAUGGUCUGCUGGUCUGCGUCGAUGAUCGGGCAAGGAUUCGUCAAGGACUACUCAGGGCUCAUGGCGACUCGCGUAUUUCUCGGGAUCUUUGAGGGUGGUCUGUUUCCCGGCGUCAACUACUACAUCACGCAAUGGUACUGCCGACACGAAUGUGGCUUCAGAAUGGCUCUCUUCUUCUCAGCAGCGACUCUCGCCGGUGCGUUUGGUGGUAUCCUUGCGCGAGGAAUUGCCGAGAUGCACGGAGUAGGCGGCCUCUCGGCCUGGGCAUGGAUCUUCAUCCUCGAGGGUCUUCUGAGUAUCUUGGUGUCCUUCACUGCGUACUGGGCAAUCUACGACUAUCCUGCCACAGCACAAUUCCUUUCGGAGAAGGAGCGAUCAGAAGUCCAACGCCGACUGCAAGUAGACUCAGGCCACCUAUCUAACGAGUUCAACAUCAAGUAUGUCUGGCAGGCCAUCAAGGAUUGGAAGAUCUACAUCCACAUGCUCAUCUGCAUGGCGGGCUUCUGCCCCAUCUACUCGAUUGCCCUUUUCCUACCAACCAUUAUCAAGAACAUGGGCUACACCUCCAACACCGCUCAACUGAUGUCGGUGCCGCCGUAUUGCUUCGCUUGUAUCUUCACGAUCGCCGCCAGUUGGUAUGCGGAUCGCGUGAGACAGCGUGGUAUUUUCCUGAUGGGCUUCCAGCUGGUGGGAAUCCUGGGCUUCGGUCUCUUGGUCGGUACCAGCAAAUCCUCUACGCAAUAUGCCGGCACCAUUUUUGCCGCCAUCGGCAUCUAUCCUCAAAUCCCACUUGGUCUCGCCUGGAACAGUAGCAACAUCGGCGGAAGUUUGAAGCGGGGAACCGGUAUUGCGAUGCAAGUCAUGGGUGGUAACUGCGGCGGCAUCAUUGCGUCUUACGUCUACCUUAGCCGGGAUGGACCCCGCUACACUACCGGCCACAGCAUUCUCAUUGGCUUUGUGAGCAUGGCCUUCUUCUUGACGUUGUUCAUGACCACAUGGUGCAGAAGGGAGAACGCCCGCAGAGACCAAGUUGCUAGUGAUGCCGGAGUGCAGGAGUUGACUGCAGAGCAAAAGGAGCUUGAAGCUGAGCUCGCAGAUAAUGUGCCGUGGUUUAGAUACACGAUCUGA